AUGGCCGAGCACCCUUCAUUCACUCUCGCAGGUCUCCUGGCCGCUGGCGGUACAGCUGGCUACAUCCGAACUCGCUCAACUCCUUCUCUCGUCGCUGGUGUCGGUCUUGGUGUCUCAUACGCUUACGCUGGCUAUCUCCUCAAGAACAACAAGGACUACGGAUCUGAGCUUGCUCUCGCCAAUAGUGUCCUCUUGACCGGUUCCGCUGUGCCUAGAAUCAUCAAGACUGGUGGCCGAGCUCCUGUGCCUCUUCUUCUUGGUGCUGUGGGUGGACUCGCGACGUAUUACUACCAGAAGAAGUUCCGGAGCAAGAAAACAUCAGACCUUGAUGCAGGGUGUCAAAAUAAACGUGGCAUUCGCCAAAGACAUGCCAAGGAGAGAAGACUACGAAUGCAGAAACACCAGGAAGACAUGGCUAGAAACGCGGAGAGUACUUCUUUGAACAGGGUUCUUGGGUAUAGCCGUGAUCCAUUUGCCGCUCUUCCGAAACAACUCUUGUCUCAUGAGACCUUCCUUCUCGACCAUUACAUCCGUGUCGUCGUUCCAUAUAACGUCAAGACAUGUCGUCUUUUCAACCAGAUGAACGAUCAUGUAGGGCAUGUAAUGCGUGAUUGGGUCGGGCUCGCCAUUACAGACAGUGAUCUUCUCUGCUCCAUAAUCCUCCUCGGCGCAUGCCGUCACAUUCUCAGCAACAAUCCAAACUCCGGGUUAAUGGAAGCCGCACUACAGUACAAGUACAAUGGCCUCAAAGCACUACGCCAUGCCGUUAGUGGCGCCUCACCGACUCUUGGCGCGGUGACUAUUGCAAAAGCAUGUGCUAUGGCUUUAGAUGAGGUUAGCUUUGGUGAAGCUGUUGUUGCGAGACAGCAUAUUCAGGGUGUGUUUGCCAUGAUAGAAGCUGCGGGGGGUUCGCAGUGCCUUGAUGGGACGGGACUGCUGAAGCGCAUGUAUCUUAGAUUCCUUGAGAUGCGAGAGAGUCCAGGGCUUCGGUUACCAAAGGGUAUUGAUUACUCCAGCCACUGCUGGUGA